ACAAAACAAAAAAAAAAGUUAAAUGUUUUGUUGUCUUAAAACUGUCAGAUGUUUUAAAAAUGACAAAAUCGGUUUGUGGCGAUUGGCCGCCAAUAGAUCCGGCAAUCAAUGGCCAAUCACUGGACUCAGACAACACAUCCAACAUAAUACUUACUUUAGCAGCCGAUUAUUAGCCAAACAAAUUUCAUUGACCGCAGCCAAAAAGUGGUCGCUAGUGGUCAUCGGCGGUGCUAUUGUCAAUGUAUCGUAUUUUGUUUAUCACAAGACACGUGUCAAAUGUGAUCUCAGUAGUAGUGAUGACCAAAUCGAUGAUAGUUUAAAUCAAGUAAAACAAGAGUUGCAAAUAGCGUUGAAAUGCAAUGAAACCCAAAGUUUUGAUUUCAAACGCAUUUGGCAUUACUUAAGACCGGAAUCAUUGUACCUAAUGGUGGCCAUAGCUAGUGCCCUAAUUGUAGCCUUUCUGAACAUUGAGAUUCCGCUGUCCAUCGGAUCCGUAAUGAAUGUAUUGUCAAGAUUUGCUACCGAAGAGAAUUCAAAAUUCUGGUCGAAUCGGUUCUUCACUGAAAUCAGUGGUCCGGCAUUUAAAGUGUUUGAACUCUAUAUACUACAAAGUGUGUUCACCUUUGCCUACAUUUAUUCGCUGGCAAUUGUCGGCGAAAAGACUUCAUCGCGUAUAAGAAGUGAUCUGUUUUCCUCUAUCAUCCGUCUCGACACUGAUUUCUUUGACAGACGAAAAUCGGCCGAAAUUAUCAGUCGUCUGACAAGUGAUGUCCAAGAAUUCAAAAGUUCGUUCAAACUCUGCAUUUCUCAGGGUUUAAGAAGUUUUACUCAGAUAAUUGGUUGUUCAAUAUCUUUGUUUGUGAUAUCACCAAAAAUGACACUCUGGAUGGCCACAAUAGUGCCAUCAAUGGUAUUAUUCGGUGCAUUAUUGGGUUCAUUACUCAGACAGAUAUCUAGAGAAGCUCAGGCACAGACGGCCAAAGCUGCGGGAAUUGCCGGCGAAGCCAUCAGUAAUGUUCGUACAGUCAAAGCUUUGGCUAUGGAGGACAGUCAGUGCCGUGUAUACGACAAAGAGUUGGCCAAAGCCGAGGAAAUGAAUAUUAGACUCGGCUUAGGGAUCGGCGUUCUCCAGUCGGGCACCAAUUUGGCUCUGAACUCAAUAGUGUUGGCCACACUUCUCUAUGGCGGAAAACUGUUGUCCAGCGAUGAGAUAACAGCAGGGAAUUUAAUGUCAUUUUUAGUGGCCACUCAAACCAUUCAGCGAUCGCUGUCACAGCUGUCGCUAAUGUUUGGUCACUAUAUUCGCGGUGUUUCGGCAGCCACUCGAGUAUUUGAGUUUAUUGACAUUAGACCGACGGUUGUCUUAAAUCAGGGAAUCACACUUCAGAAUGUUGUCGGUGACGUCCACUUCAAUAAUAUCUCAUUUAGUUAUCCGACUCGCGGUGAACAACAAGUGCUCAAUGGUUUUAAUUUGAAAUUAACUCCGUCGACGGUUACCGCCAUAUGCGGACUGUCGGGUGAGGGAAAGUCAACGGUAGCAUCACUUAUGGAAAGAUUUUAUGACAUCGAAUCCGGUCUUAUCACUAUCGAUGGCGUUGAUAUCAAAUCACUGGAUCCGCUAUGGCUGCGGCAAACGGUAAUCGGUUUUAUCAAUCAGGAGCCGAUACUGUUCGGCACGACUAUCAUGGAGAACAUCCGAUUCGGCAAACCGGACGCCACCGAUGAGGAGGUGCUGGUUGCGGCCAAAUUGGCAAAUGCACACACAUUUAUUGAACAGUUUCCCGACGGCUAUCAAACGCUUGUUGGCGAACGGGGAGCAACCGUAUCGGGCGGUCAGAAACAGAGGAUAGCCAUCGCCAGAGCACUGGUCAAAAAUCCGAAAAUACUGGUCUUAGACGAGGCUACCAGUGCUUUGGAUGCCGAAUCCGAAGCCCUGGUUCAGGAGGCUCUUGAAAAAGUCAUGCAAAACAGGACCGUGCUUGUGAUCGCCCACCGGUUAAGUACAAUACAAAAUGCCGAUACCAUUGCUGUACUAUCACAGGGAAAGGUAGUCGAAAUGGGAAGUCAUACACAACUGAGCAAUAAAAGAGGUUUAUAUUGGAAUCUCAUUAGACAACAAUUGGAUACAAAUAAUAACAAUUAGACAAUUUAACAAAAAUAACCAAAAAAAAAAACAUUA